AUGACGUCAUUAAAGUUGGCGGUAUUUUGAAACAGAGCGCCGUCUCGUUGUUCGUGGCGAUCACAACAGUGGAUUUAUCAAACAUGGUGGAGGGGAGAGCAGACGGAGAGGCAGCAGCUCAGUUAUCAGAGGCUGCUCAGGCUGAGCUGCUGGAGCUCUGUGAGGAGCACUUCGGUCGCCUGGAGAAGCUUCAGAAUGAAAUCAUUCUUAGCGAGUCUGACUAUACUGAGAAUUCUCAAGAACAGUCAGUAAAUGGGCUGAUUGCUACAGAAGCUGAAAUGAAGCUGUGGCUGUCAGCGGAGCCGAGCUUGCUGGCAAAAAAUUCAGAAAUUUUACUUCAAGCUGGAAAAGAGGAAAUGCUCAAGCUGUGCUCCGAACUUGAACUGGUUGUUUCUUGUUACGAAGCGAAAAGAGACAAACUGACAGAGACCAAAGAGCUUGAACAAAAGUGGUUGGAGGAGAAGAAACAGGUGCUUGAAGCUGCAGAAAAUCAGAAAGAACGACUUAAAAUGGAAAAGGAGACGUUAUCAGGGCAGAGCAUCCUGCUGGACACCAAGGAAAAAAUCCUGAAGAUGAAGACGUAUCAGGAGAAGUUGAUGGAGACUCUGGGUGACGUCCUGGAGGUGCACGUUCCUCUCCUUCAACAUGAAUCCAGUUCAAGCAAGAAAAAGAAGAACAUCGGAUACGAGAUCAGCGAGGACCUCAUUUCUCUCAGUGAAAUCCUGGAGGUUCUCAUGAACAAGGUUCUAAACACGCCACACGACCCGUAUGUAACGAUAGAUCACACUUUCUGGCCGCCAUACGUAGAGUUGCUGCUUCGACACGGCAUCGCAGUGAGACACCAGGAGAAUAACUUCAAGAUCCGCCUGGAAACUUUCUUCUGA